AUGGCUUCUUGUGCAACUGUGUGUCUGCCUACCUGUGGCACACGGUUGUCUGGUCAUUCCAGAAGUCGCUCUGUGUGGAAGCUCGUCUCAUACAUCACCUUACUACAUUUUAUAUUGAAGGUGUUUCUUGUUUUUCUUACCUCAUUUCAUCUAUUAACGCAGCUCUCUAUCAAAUCAGGUAACCUGCUUUCCUCUCUCGGGGUAGCUGCCCGAUCACAGGUCCAAAUCAAACUGCGCAAAAAGGAACAGGUGGAAGCCGACCUGGUGGAAAUUUGCUUCAAGGAAACUUACCUGACCCGAGCAGACAUGUGGCAGAUCACAACCAUGCUGCGGGAAAGUUGCGUGUACCACCAGAAACGAAUAGUCUUUUGUGACGUGAUUCGAUGCUGGGUCGAUAGCAUUUUCAAGAAUGGCCGCAAGGUGUUUUCUGCUUACAUUGGGCCCAACACCAACAUUGUGUUUCGGUCCGAGUCGUCCCGUAUGAUCAUCAUCAUCCAACUAAGUCAGGAAACGUGGCAUUUUGAGGAGACUGGCGAAAUCAUCUUCCACAGAAUGGUCAAUUCGCUUCUCCCUGAUAUUUUCAAGCAAUGGGAAGAGAAUGAACACCACCAUACAGUGACUAUUGUGCUGUUCACAUCAGUUUCCAUGGAUUCUCAUGCAGUCAAGCUAAAGCGCGGAGAGAAAGCAAAAGACGUACAGGACUUCUACAGAGUAGUCUGCGAUCAGGUCCAACUGUCUCAAUGGGAGCAGAUCAUGGUGCGAUUGAGAUUCGAGUUCCAGAACUUUGCCAAGGAGGUUCUGACGGAAUCCCAUGCCAAAAGCCAUACUGAAAUCCGAGGACGCAUUCUACCCUCGGUCAAGAGCAACAUUUUGGGUGCGAUCACCCUCGCGGCGUCUCUGGUACAUUCACCGGCCAUUGACAGAGACCUAAGGAGAACCAAUGUGGAGGUUAUUGUGGUGUCACCAGGUUCUGGAGUCUAUGAAGUUGAGUACGAUGCUCUAUAUAGAGCGUCGGAGAAGAUUUCAUCCACUGAGGUUGGAGUAGACAUCAUUUGCAUGUCCAAGGCUCCUCUACAUGUGACACCUUUGUUUCUCUACAAACCGAAGAAGUGCUCGAAUCAGCUUGAGUACUGUGUUCCUUCUUGGAUUGAUAUUUCUUACUAUGGAGACUCGGACUUUUUUACCAAUCAGUGGGUCCCUCGGUGCAAAAUCUACGAGAUCCAAAUGAUGGGAGUCAUGGAAAACGAGCUCUCGGCUAUCACGAUUGACUAUCUGAACAAACCCAGCGGAAAGAAGCCGCUGUCAGAGUACUGUCGCGAGUACGAUGCUUCGUUGUUUGGCCCAAUCGCUGUAGAACUGUCUGUGGAGGAUGCUGCAUCUGUGGUGUCCAAGAUGCGGUCCGAUACGUUCCCCAAGCUGCCUGUGAAACAGCUUCUUAGCAGCAAGGGCAGUAUCUCUUCUUUGCAUGCACCCACAGCUGUCACCUCCAAAACUCCUCCUCCUAAGGCAUCAGUGAAGGUGGCUGAUGUGAGGCCCAGCCCAGCGGCGUCCAAACCCCGUGUCAGUGCUCUGACGUCUCUUUUGGCGUUUGGAGUUAGGGCAGAAAAGAGUGCUCCUGCUUCUCCCGCUUUGUCUGCUGUCAACACAUUGUCUUCUAUCCAGUCUAUGGACUUGAGACGUGAUAAUGACAGUGUUAAACGAGACACUGAGAGCAUAGUAACAGACGACACUGUCCACAAUACCAAGGCUGAGCCUAGAAUAACAGAGAUUGCGCCCAUAGCACCUUCUCUGCCUUUUGCACCCAAUCUCAAGCCAAAAAAGAGCACUUCUACCCUUUCUCAGUCUCCCACCUACAACCGAAUUGCAGCUACACCUGACCAGGAGGUCGAACGGCGGUCUUCUCUCAGCCAAAAGGUGCAAAUGGGACUCUCGGGUUCUCCUCUAGACCACAGAGGCAAGGUAGCCAAGGCUGCAUCGGCCAAUGCCAAGUCUAUCAACACAGAAACUACGCCUGAGAAGAGAAACAUGAUGUGGAGGAACAUCAGAACACCGUCCAACAUUUCCCAGGACGAAAUGCUCGACAUUCUAACUUACUCUCGAUGGAGAACGGUAUAUCCUCAGAAGACCAAGCGUCGGUCGGCCAAAUGGAAGCUUCUGGCUUCUCCAGCCGCACUACCUCUUCGAACCAAUAUCUUUCCCACCGUGGCAGAACUCCAGACAGAGUACCGGUUCCAGGUGUACGAUGUGAGUUUGGACACAGAUAUGGAGAAUGUGCUGGGUAUCCAUGGCUUGUUCCGAGAGAUGGUGAGUGUCCGGCUCUGCAAGGGCUUCCAGCUUGCUAUUGGAUCCCGUGUACGCCACGUGGAGUCUCAGAGAAGCGAUGGUCGGCCUUCAGCUAUCACCACAGACAUUGGGAAAGAUGCUCUAGGAGCUGUGGUGUAUCUCACUACCGGUGAUCAAGUUCACCGAAUCUCCUGUGACUACUCUGGCAUGAUGAAUGUCCAGAUUUAUCAUGCUAUUGAUAAGGUAGAUAUUGAGGAGCCCGUUUUCGACAUAUAUGCUCGUCGAACCUACUCGGACAAGUUCAAGCAUUUCAUAUUCCCACCGUUCGACACUUCCUCUAAGCGACUGAACUGGAACUUGUAUGACCAUUCACUUGCUGGGUACGAUACGGCAGGUUCUGCAGCCACUCAGACCCGUUUGAACCAGCUGCGGGUGGUUCUGAUCCCCAGUUUCUUGUCGCGAUCCAAGAAUCUCGGUCAUGACGACUCCUCAGAAGUGUACAAUGCCGAGGAGGUCCGAUUGGAUGGUUUGCGACGCAUUCUUGGAGGUAUUUACCGCCAUAGCAUCUCCCGAGAUGAGGAUAAGGAGCGAGCCAAGAUCGCACCCAACCUCAAGUUUUACACUGGCGAGUUGGAGGACUUUUUAUUUCAGAUUGUGGAGUCUAAUCCAGCUGAAUUGGCUGGUGGUAGAGAUUCUCUUUUUAUGAAACGUAAUCAGCGAUUCGACAAGAACAUCAAGCUGGCUCAGCUGGCGACUGAGCUUCAGGCUCCCAAGGGUGGCAUCCGAUUUUUUGACCGACGAUGGCACUGGAAGUCAUACCCUCACUGUUUCAUUGGUCAGGAUUUCGUCGAGUGGCUGAUUGACAAUUACUCCGACAUUGACACUCCUGAUGAAGCUGUGGCGUAUGGAAACGAGCUGAUGAAGAAGGACUUCUUCGUGCACGUUGAAGACCGACAUGCUUUCCUUGAUGGUCAUUACUUCUACCAGCUCAAGAGUGAGUAUGCCACUGAAGCCACUGACAGCAAGCCUGCGGAGGAGAAGAGUGGCUGGUUCAACAGUAAGCGAAGUAUGGCCUCCGUCAGUUCAGAGAAGUCAUUGGGACGGUUUAAAGGCUCUCGAAAUCAGUCUGUUCAGUCGUUUGGUGACUUCCUGUCCCUUUCUCGAGUCACUUCCAGGUCUUCGAACGACCAGAAGGAAGAGGAAAUCAACCCAAUCACCGUGGAGAUUUCCAAGUCUGUGCGUGUUGAUCUGGAUCCUUCCAAGAAGUCGUAUCGACCAGAGACCGUGUUGAUUCACCACGAUCGAAUCCACAACCCCCGGAAGUGUUUCCAUCUGCGAUUCGAAUGGGCCAACACCACCCCCAAGUUCAUUGAGGACUACAUUUCUGGUCUCACUCGAACUUGUGAGCGAUACGGACUCAAGUUGGUCGAGUUGCCCAUUCUCGAAGUGUCUGCUCUUCUCGAACACAACCCCUUUGCUUCAGAGAUCACUCUGGACAUGCCUACUCUGGACCAGCUGAGCGGACUGCCUCCCCAUGUGCUGGAAUACUACGCUAGCGACCCUCAUGCGAUUGCACGCGAGAUUCUGCAUCAUUUCGGCUUUGUGAUCGACACUCUGAGUAUGUCUGACUGGAAGCUUGCUGAAGUGCAGAUCCGGAACUCGUGGGGUGUGCCCACUUAUAAGUACAGUCAAUGGGUUGAGAAGAAUGGUCUGUUGAUUGCUCAGGUGGUCGGUGAUCAGAUUAUCAUGAUCCCCAACAACCUGCAGCUCAAUCGUCAGUCUGGAGCUCAGUCAAAUGCCAUUCAGCUGCAGAGUGAGGCUCAGGGUAUCAUUCUGGAGAUGCAGUAUCUCAUGUGUCGGUCUGAAAAGGUGCGGGAUAUGCUUGGUAAGGUGAACUUGUCCCCUGAGGCAUCUCCUGGCACCAUGACUCCGGGGGAGGAGGGCUCCAAGAACGGUACCCCGAAGCUAGCAAUUGAGGCCAAGAUGGAGGGCCGAGUUGAAAGUCCUCAAGUUGAGUGGAGGGAGGACGUGGAGAUUGCCCCAGAAGUUGAGCACAAGGGCGGAGCUGAUGGUGAUGAAAAUGAUGAGGAAGGUGAUGAGAAAUCCGAGGAGGGUGACAAGGGCGAGAGUGAGAAUGAGAACGCAGGUAUGGGGAUGGAGCAAGAUGGUGAGAACGAGAAUGAGAACGAGAAUGAGAACGAGAACAGCAAGGACAACAAGGCGAACGAAACCACCUCCGAGGUCAAGGAGGUCCCUGCUGGUGUUGAAAUUGAACACAAGGAACAUGUCGAAGAGGAUAAGAGUGACGGGCCUGAGCCGAAGAAGGAAGAUAAAGGCAAAGAGGUUGAAGACGACAAAUAG